AUGGCGGACGUUGAGUUUCUUGCCCUCACUAUCAAGCCCUCGGUGCAGCUGAGUUACAGCUUCCAAGCACCUGGGACGACCACCACGCCCGUGCUGGUCCUGUUUCUCAACGCACUCCGUAAUGGUCGCAGCCUCCCCGCCUUUUUGACCUACGAUCGUUUCGGCCAAGGCCAGACCACCGAGCGCGAUCCCCAGGACGCUGGAGCAGAGGAUCCCACUCACGGCCACGACUGUAUUGCCUCCGUGCAAGAUCUGCGCCAAUUGCUCAUCCAAGUCACCGGGGAGAAGCUGGGCGUUGACGUGGACUCCGUCUCCUUGGUUCUGGUUGGCAACUCCAUCGGCUGUGCGCUGGCCCGUCUUUACGCCCAAGAAUAUUCCGGUACCGUGACUGCGCUGUUGCUACUGGACAGUGUCUUGGCCAACUCCGACUUCAUCUCCGUCUUCCCCGAUCCGGAUGCCCCAGAGUUCGAUCCAGCCACAAUACAUCCUAUUCCUGUGGAAGCCAUCCUCGCUGUGCGGGCCGGCACCCGUCGUGUCUUCCAUCCUGACGUCGGCAGCAAGGAAGGCCUCAGCCGGCGAAACCUACGCGAGUUGCUGCCGGCCAGCGACGGACCCUUGCUCCGGGGUCCCAAUGGCCACGGACCCUAUGUCACGAUAGUGGGCCACGACUUCGACGCGUUCGCUGAGGAGUCGGCCAAGAUGGGGCUGGCUAAGAUCACGGAACCUGAGUUCAGCAAGGGCCCGAUCCUCGCCCCGAACGCGGGUCACUUUGUGCAAAAGGAUAACCCAAGGUUUGUGGCGCAGGAGCUAAACGAGAUGCUCGAGAAGAUUAUUUAG